CUCCCGGCAGCCCCCGCGCGGCGCGGCGCCGCUCUGGGCCGCAGUCCCGCUCUAUGGUGCUCGGUGUCGCCACGGCGACGGUCGCCGGACGAGAUGGCGUCGGCGGUGCAGGCCGGGGGGAGGCUGCGGCGGGCGGUGGAGGGAGAUGAGCUGGCGGGGUUGCCCGCCGGUCUGCGGGCCGAGCUGGAGGCGGCAGUGGCCUCUGAACGCGCCCUGGUGUCGUUCAGUCUGCUGCGGAGGCUGCACGCCGCGCUGCGGGAAGCAGAAUCUCCGCUGCAUCUGUAUGAGCUCCUAGAAGGCAGCGAGAUCUACCUGCCGGAGGUGCCGGUUCCUCCACGGAACCCCGAGCUAGUGGCCCGGCUGGAGCGGAUAAAGGCCAGGCUGGCCAACGAGGAGUACCGGCGGAUGACCCGCAACAUCACCGGCCAGGAGACGAACGGAACGUUGGCUGAAUUUGGGAGGCAAGUUCGCUCUGUUAAAGCUGUUGUCAUCACCAUAUUCAACUUCUUUGUCACCGUGGCAGCUGCCUUUGCCUGCACCUACCUGGGCAGUCAGUACGUCUUUGUGGAGACCGCACCGCGUGUCCUGUCAGCUGUCAUCGUGGCCUCGGUAGUGGGUUUGGCUGAGCUCUAUGUAAUGGUGCGGACCAUUGAAGGGGACCUAGGGAAACUAUGACCACAUAUGUCCCCCCGGACUGCAGCCCUCGUGCUGGAGGGUUUUGCCCUCCCCAGAGUUCCUUAAUUUGGGGCAGGGUUAUCUUUUACCAUCUGUCUGUACCUGAUUCUGUUACUGAGAAGAUACUGCGCUCCUCAGGCUUCGUCCUUUGCUUCCCAUUUCUUAAAGUUCCUGAAAUGAGUCAUGGAUUAAAAAUCCCUCAGCUGCAGCACAGAAGAUGGAAGGGAUGUGGACUUGGCAUCCCAGCACAGAGUGGGCAUCAGCUCCCACCAAUCCCACUCUCCUGUGAAGUUGCUGUUCUUUUUUCCUGGAAAUAAACAAUAUUGUGUUUACUACCUUC